UAUAUGACCUUUAUGAUUUUCUCUACAGAUAGAGAUAUCUUAAAAACCAAUCCAGUCGAAUGCAAAAGCAGCACCAGAUUUGCGUAAAACCCACUUGAUUGCUUCACCUUCCUCAGCUCUCUCUCUCUCUCUCUCUCUCUCUCCAUAACUUGAACUCUAAGUAUGAUUUAUCCUUGUCGCCUUUAUAUCAACAGAAAAUUUUCUUGAUUUUUCCACUCUUGCAACAGAGACAUAUAUUCCCACCUCUGAAUCUUUUCCAUGCCCGAGAAAUCAAGCUAGCUAGCAGAGGCAUAGUACAACAUUGUCCUCACAACAGUCUUUGCAGGAUGGGGCGACAUUCGUGCUGCAUAAAGCAGAAAUUAAGGAAAGGCUUAUGGUCUCCUGAAGAAGAUGAGAAACUUUUCAAUUACAUAACAAGAUUUGGUGUUGGUUGCUGGAGUUCUGUUCCUAAACUAGCUGGAUUGCAAAGGUGUGGAAAGAGCUGCAGAUUGAGAUGGAUAAACUACUUGAGACCUGAUUUGAAGAGAGGAAUGUUCUCACAACAGGAGGAGGAUCUGAUUAUCAGUCUUCAUGAAGUUCUUGGCAACAGGUGGGCUCAAAUUGCUGCACAAUUACCAGGAAGAACAGACAAUGAGAUUAAGAACUUCUGGAAUUCUUGUUUGAAGAAGAAGCUAAUGAAGCAGGGGAUUGACCCGACCACCCACAAGCCAAUAAGCCAAGUACUUGAACCAAAAGAGGAGAAAAAAUGUACAGAAACAGCAUCUUCACACAUACCACAGUCUCUAGGAUUUCCAACUGGCUCAACCAUGGCUUCACAGAGUCCAGCAUUUCUAGUUGACGACUCGAAUUUCUGUGAUGGUGGACUAACAGAAGCUUCAAGAUCAGAGCAUUUCAUGUACAAGCCUGCUUUUGAUCCAAUGUCAUACUUUGAAUUCCAAGCGGUUACCGAUUCAAAUGGGUACAAUUCUUCAAGUUUCGUUCCUCAGCAUCAGAAAAUUUUUGAGACAUAUUCCAAUUUUGGAUUCACUUCAAUGCCGAGUCUGACAAAUUCCGACCAUGGAAACUUGUCCGGAACAGAGUUUUCUGACAACUCUGUUUCAAGAAUGAGCUCCUUUCUUAUGAAUGAUGUGAAGGAAAAUUCCAGCAAUAGCUCAAACUUAAGCAGUUACGCCGGAUUCCAGGUGAACAAUAUGGUGGAAAAUAAUGCAGUCUUCUCAUGGGACGAGGAGAACAAGUUAGACUGUUUGUUUCAGUAUCAGGUCAAUGGGAUAAAAUCCGAGGAAUUGAAGCCAAUCUCUUGGCAAGAAGGUCAGCUUCAUGCUCAAAAUUCAGUAGAUUUCAGUAGCUAUCCGUCAACGUCGCUGUCAGAAGAUCUAGCAGGAGGAAAUUUUGAUGUCUUCCAGCAGAUAUGAACUGUAAAUUCCCUCCCCCCACCCCCCGUUUUUUUUUCUUUUCUUUUUUUUUUCUUUUACUUUCUCCCUACAUAAACAAAUACGUACACAAAGAUGUUGAUAUUACGGGGAAUUUCACCUGAAAGUUUGAGCUGAAGUACUUUUUUUUUUUUUUGGCUUCGUAGGAGAUCGAUAAUAAUCAUUUAGCUGAUCUUUCUUUGAGAUUUGAUUUGUAUUUCC